AUGGCACUCGUGCGCGACCCAUACUUCUGGAAGCGAUUCUCCACAGCUGUCCACAGAGAUGACCAAGCAAAAACACAAAGCCAACUAGAUCUCGAACAAGCUAUCAAGAAACAACCCGACUCCUGGCUCGAGCGAGAACGUCAAAAACGCAAGCGGUCGCUUAUCUGCGGAUUCAUCAUCUUCUUCUGCAUUAUUUUGGCGGUGACUGGCGGUGUGGUUGUGUGGUGGCUAGCCAAACACAACUGGCUGCAGUCACCGGAGCCAUGA